AGAGCGAAACUUUCUCUGGCAAAUCUUCAUUUCCCCCCAGAAAUUCCUCCUGCCUCUCGAUAGUUACCGAAACCGAUUUCUCCUUUGCGGUGGCCUCCGGUAAAUCGUUCACCAUUACUUCCAAAAGUGAAAACGAUUUUUUGACGCUGGCUGCGUCCAGAAUCAGCCGGCGGAAGCGAGUGAUUGGAGCGGCCAUCGGGGUGGCCAUGGUCUUGAUUCUGCUCAUCGCCAUCCCCUUGCUGGUCCAAAGCUCCAAGGCUUCAGCCCACUACGAGAUGCUGGGCAGCUGCAGAAUGGUCUGCGACCCUUACAGCCCGAAGCCCAGCUCCACGGCGGCAGAAGCCAUCCAGGAUCUCGCCGUCAUGUCCCCGCCACCCUUCAUCCACGGGAACAAGGGCGACCAGGGACGCCGAGGUAAACCCGGACCCAGGGGACCUCCCGGAGAGCCCGGACCACCGGGCCCACGAGGUCCACCUGGGGAAUGGGGCGACCUGGGCAAGCCCGGUCCACCCGGCCCUCCGGGAUCUGGGACAGGGACAUUCAGCGCCGCUUUCCACAGCCCGAAGAUUGCUUUUUACGCCGGUCUCAAGAAACCCCACGAAGGCUACGAGGUCCUUAAGUUUGACGACGUUGUGACAAACGUUGGGAACCACUAUGAAGCCUCGACGGGCAAGUUCACCUGCACGGUGCCCGGAAUCUACUUCUUUACCUAUCACGUACUCAUGAGAGGAGGAGACGGCACGAGUAUGUGGGCAGACCUGUGUAAGAAUGGACAGGUACGAGCUAGUGCCAUUGCCCAGGAUGCUGAUCAGAACUAUGACUACGCCAGCAACAGUGUCAUCUUGCAUCUGGAUGUUGGAGAUGAAGUCUACGUGAAGCUUGACGGUGGAAAAGUCCAUGGCGGCAAUAACAACAAGUAUAGCACCUUUUCCGGUUUCAUCAUCUACCCAGACUGAGCAAAGGUGCCUUGUGUCCUAUUGCAGACCAACCAGGGAGGAAUGUGUGUUGUAUCAAUCAGAAGGUUAAAUGGAGCACAGAAUUAGCAACCCACCCCAACAAAGCCCUCAAUUUUCCAAUCGAUAAAUGACAAAUCACAAUUUUAUUUUAAACUUCA